CGACUAGGGUCCAAGGUGUCAAUAAGCAUGUCAAGAAAUGUUGUUUACCAGAUACAAUUGUCAGUUCUUCAUCAUAUCUCCCGUUUUUGUCCUUCUAUCGGAAAUUUCUGGCUGAUGCUCUGUUACGUGAUAGAAUCAACAUGCAAAACACAGAUCAGAUCCACAGUCCUGUUUUAACAGCGUUUCCAUUGGCAACACAGUAUUCUGACAUCAUGGAUGCUCUCAGGAGUGCUUGGGCAGAGAAAAAGAGGUCCUUAAAGAAAGUAGACAAGAGGGAUAAUGAGCAUAUGAAAGGCCUUAUGAGCAGUGUGUUUAUGGACUCUGUGUACCCCUUACUGCAUUCAACUUCUUUACCGGCAUAUAAGUGGGCUGAUAUUGAAACAGAAAAUGCAAGGUGGGAAGCUAUUGCCAACUUCAUGAAGACCAACAGAGAAAGCAGCGUUUUAGCCGGUCAUUUACUGUCACCAGACACUAUGCAUAAGCCUUUUGAUAUGUCAGAACUAACAUAUGACCUCUGCUCUUUGUACACACAAAAUAGGUGAUCUUGUAACCUUUUUGAUAGGAGAAACUGCAUUUUUAGAAAAACUAGUUGCUAUAAUGGAUAAAUGGGACACCUACUUUCAGGCUAAGCUGCACACCCUGAAUGACUCAACUUGACACCAAUGGCGUAUCUAGGGUGGGUGCGCGGAGGCCCUCCAAAAAUGACUCGCUCCCCCAGUCGACACCGCCCUCCCUCCAAAAUAACUUGUAAAUAGUUAAAAAUCACCUAAAAUCACCUUAUUUUGCUAGUUAGCUCCCCUCAACUGAUCACCUUUUCAACCCCCAUUCAGCACCCCCAUUUCAAGACUUUUAGAUACGCCACUGCUUGAUACCCUUGCACGCUGAACAACCAAUUUACCCAGAGGCUCAUUUGAACACCCAGGACAUUCUACCCAAUCCAUAGAGAAAACAUUUUCUUGAGUGGAGCUUUCACUACUUAGCUUUUCUUUUUAGAUUUAUUCCCUACAACAGUGUUCCGCAAACUGUGGUUCUUGACCCAUCAUUAGGUCACUAAAAUAUUUUGGUUGGUCGCAAAGCUUGACUGAAAUCACCAAUCAGCUAGCUCAAUGCUGUCUCUUACUUACUAUUAUAAGCAUUAUGAUAAUUUGAAACACUUAUUUUUUUAAAAUAACAAUGAACCCAUCAAUGAGCACACUGUACAUUGUUAUUCAUUUGUGGUGAUACAACAAUGUGGCUACAAUCAUCAUUGUACAGUAUGAUUUUGUCGUGGUACUUAUUUUUUGCUCAGGCAUUGUUUACUUAUUUUACUCUUUUUAAAAUCUCAGUCCCAAAAUGAUGCACUAGAGUUAACUUUCUGAAUUAGGCAUGUGUAGGUAAGGGGUUGCAAUAUAUAUUUCCGAAUUGGCAGAUCAGUCUAAAGGUUUGUGGAACCCUGCCCUAGACCAUAAUGUCAAUGAGUGGAUCCUUAUAAUAUAUUUGUGGUGUCAUUC